AAAAAAAAAAAAAAAAGCGAGAGAUCAGCUGAGUUUGAUGAAGCUUUUAGAGCCUAAACACUCCCGAAUUCCCGUGUGCUUAUUUUGGAUUUUUUAUUCCGCAUUCGCCGAGCUCAAAGUUCUACAGAUGCUGAAGUUUUAGGAACGGGACACGAGUCGAAAAAAACCCCAAAACAAAACAAUAACUCGCAUCAAACCCGGCUAACAAAGAGGUCCCAAUUCAACGCCAACAUUUUUCCUCCAUACUCCAUAGUUAUGAGUCAUGUGGCCGUCGAAAAUGCACACGGUCUAGAGCAGCAGCUCGCUGUCCUAGACUUGAACGCACCAGACGGGCAGGGCGGGGGCACAAGCAGGCGAUACAUUCCUCCACAUUUACGGAACAAAGAUCCUUCCAAAAAUGCAGGAAAUGCUUUUGUUCCACGUCAGGGAGCGUACCCCAUGGCUCCAGCCGCCAACUUUUUGCUCUGUCCUGUAGACGGAUGGGACGCCGCACGCAACAACUUCGUCAACGGUUUCCACGACACCCGGAUGGCGGGCGGCAACACGUUCAACCGCGGCCCACCUCGAAUGGAGCGCAACCGAGGAGGAGGCGGUUUCCGGGGCAACAGGGGCGGAGCCUUCAACCCCAUGAACCCCACGCAGCCGAUGGGCUUCGUCGCCUUCGAGAACAAAGACACAAGUGGCUGGAACACGGCCAAAGACGCCUACAGUAACUUCGGAAACAAUCGCGGCAAAUCGGCUUUUUUCAACGACAGAGGCAACGCCAACAGGGGGCGGUUUGACCACGGGGGGUUCAGCGCCGGAGGGAACAGCCGCUGGGUGGAGGAGCCGCGAGACGAGGGAGACUGGUCCAAACCGACGCCACGAAACGAGCGGCUGGAGCAUGAGCUGUUCUCCGGCUGUAACACGGGCAUCAACUUUGAGAAAUACGACGACAUUCCCGUAGAGGCGACCGGACAGAACUGCCCUCACCACAUCGAGAGCUUUCAGGAUGUGGACAUGGGGGAGAUCGUCAUGGGGAACAUCGGUCUGAGCCGCUACACUCGACCCACUCCCGUUCAGAAAUACGCCAUUCCCAUCAUCAAGGGCAAGAGGGACCUGAUGGCCUGCGCUCAGACUGGAUCUGGGAAAACGGCGGCCUUCCUCCUGCCCAUUCUCAGUCAGAUUUACGCCGAGGGACCAGGGGAAGCUCUGAACGCCGCCAAGGCUUCGGGACAAGAGAAUGGGAAGUUUGGCCGUCGUAAACAGUAUCCGAUCUCUCUGGUUCUGGCGCCAACUCGAGAACUGGCUCUGCAGAUCUACGACGAGGCCAGAAAGUUCGCGUACCGCUCCCGCGUGCGCCCCUGCGUGGUGUACGGCGGCGCGGACAUCGGCGGGCAGAUCAGGGACCUGGAGCGAGGCUGCCAUCUGCUGGUGGCCACCCCGGGACGCCUGGUGGACAUGAUGGAGCGGGGCAAGAUCGGGCUGGACUACUGCAAUUACCUGGUUCUGGACGAGGCCGACCGGAUGCUGGACAUGGGGUUCGAGCCUCAGAUCAGACGGAUCGUGGAGCAGGACACGAUGCCGCCCAAAGGAAUCAGACAGACCAUGAUGUUCAGCGCCACCUUCCCCAAAGAAAUCCAGAUCCUGGCCCGGGACUUCCUGGAGGAGUACAUUUUCUUGGCGGUCGGUCGCGUCGGCUCCACUUCGGAAAACAUCACCCAGAAAGUGGUUUGGGUCGAGGAGAGCGACAAAAGAUCCUUCCUCCUGGAUCUGCUCAGCGCCACAGGUAAAGACUCUCUGACGCUGGUGUUCGUGGAGACGAAGAAGGGCGCGGACGCUCUGGAGGACUUCCUGUACCGCGAGGGAUACGCCUGCACCAGUAUCCACGGCGACCGCUCCCAGAGAGACCGCGAGGAGGCCCUGAACCAGUUCAGGUCCGGCAAGUGCCCCAUCCUGGUCGCCACCGCUGUGGCCGCUCGAGGUCUGGACAUCUCUAAUGUGAAACACGUGAUCAACUUCGACCUCCCCAGUGACAUCGAAGAGUACGUCCACCGCAUCGGGCGCACAGGGAGAGUCGGGAAUCUCGGUUUGGCCACGUCCUUCUUCAACGACAAGAACGGAAACAUCACUAAAGACCUGCUGGACAUUCUGGUGGAGGCCAAACAGGAAGUGCCGUCGUGGCUGGAGAGUCUGGCCUACGAGCACCAACACAAGACCAACAACAGGGGGCGCAAGAGGUUUUCUGGAGGUUUCGGGGCUCGUGAUUAUCGUCAGACGGCGGCCGGAGCGAACGGCGGGGGUUCGGAGGUCGAGGAGGGCGGAAACCAGACGGGACACGGAGGAAACCGCGGAUUUGGAGGAGGCGGAUUUGGAAACUUCUACGCGGCCGACGGAUACGGAGGAAACUACUCCCACACCCAGGUCGACUGGUGGGGCAACUAGACCUGCCCCUGCCC